UCUCUGAUAUUCAUCCCCAUAUUUGGUUGACUUCCAACCUUUAUUAAUGGAGAGAAAGCCUGGAGUGAGUCACUGGAGCCAUCGUUCUCUUGACAGGGUUGACAAUAACAGCAAGGCUCCACGUAUCCAGGGGAUUGAAAUAAAGCUCAGGUUGAAACAUGGGUGAUGCUGUCAUGGCAGAAUUUGGGGCUGCUGCUUCUUAUCUAAGGAAAUCAGAUAAGGAGCGUCUGGAGGCCCAAACUCGUCCCUUUGACAUGAAGAGAGAAUGCUUUGUACCUGACCCAGAGGUCGAGUAUGUAAAAGCACGCGUGCAAAGUCGUGAUGGUGACAAGGUCACCGUCGAAACUGAGUUUGGAAAGACUGUUACUGUGAAGGAGUGUGAUGUUCACCCUCAGAACCCACCUAAGUUUGAUAAAAUUGAAGACAUGGCGAUGUUCACCUUCCUCCAUGAACCAGCUGUGCUGUUUAACCUCAAAGAGCGUUAUGCAGCAUGGAUGAUCUAUACCUACUCUGGGCUGUUCUGUGUGACUGUCAAUCCCUACAAGUGGCUGCCAGUCUACAACCAAGAGGUGGUUGUUGCCUACAGAGGAAAGAAGAGGAGUGAAGCUCCUCCUCACAUCUUCUCCAUCUCUGAUAAUGGCUACCAGUACAUGCUGGCAGACCGAGAAAACCAGUCAAUCCUCAUCACUGGAGAAUCCGGAGCUGGAAAGACUGUAAACACCAAGCGUGUCAUUCAGUACUUUGCCAGCAUUGCUGCUGUUCCCGGUGCUGGGAAGAAAGAUGCUGCAAGUGAAAAGAAGGGUACCCUGGAGGAUCAAAUCAUUCAAGCUAACCCUGCUCUGGAGGCAUUUGGGAAUGCCAAAACCAUCAGGAAUGACAACUCCUCCAGAUUUGGUAAAUUCAUCAGAAUUCACUUUGACAACAGAGGAAAACUGGCCUCUGCUGACAUCGAAACUUAUCUCCUGGAAAAGUCUCGUGUCACCUACCAGCUCAAAGCUGAGAGGGAUUACCACAUUUUCUACCAGAUCUUGUCUCAGGCAAAGCCUGAACUUCUGGAGAUGCUGCUCAUCACCAACAACCCUUACGACUACGCCUUCAUCUCCCAAGGAGAAACAACUGUAGCUUCCAUCAAUGAUUCUGAAGAGCUCAUGGCUACUGAUGAUGCCUUUGAUGUUCUGGGCUUCACUCAAGAAGAGAAGAACAGCAUUUACAAAAUGACUGGUGCCAUCAUGCACUUUGGAAACAUGAGGUUUAAGCAAAAGCAAAGAGAAGAGCAGGCAGAAGCAGAUGGAACUGAAGAUGCUGACAAAGUUGCAUAUCUGAUGGGCCUGAACUCUGCUGACCUCAUCAAAGGUCUGUGUCAUCCAAGAGUCAAAGUAGGAAAUGAGUGGGUCACCAAGGGACAAAAUGUUGCCCAGGUGUACUAUUCUAUUGGAGCACUGGCUAAGUCAGUUUAUGAGAAGAUGUUUCUGUGGAUGGUGAUGAGAAUUAAUCAGUCUCUGGACACCAAGCAGCCACGCCAGUAUUUCAUUGGAGUGCUGGACAUUGCUGGAUUUGAGAUCUUUGAUUUCAACACGUUUGAGCAGAUGUGCAUCAACUUCACCAAUGAAAAACUGCAACAGUUUUUCAACCACCACAUGUUUGUGCUGGAGCAGGAAGAAUACAAGAAAGAAGGAAUUGAGUGGACUUUCAUUGACUUUGGUAUGGAUCUGCAGGCCUGUAUUGACCUAAUUGAAAAGCCCAUGGGCAUUAUGUCCAUCCUUGAAGAGGAGUGCAUGUUCCCAAAAGCCAGUGAUACCACCUUUAAAGCUAAGCUUUAUGACAAUCAUCUGGGGAAAUCUAACAACUUCCAGAAGCCCAGAGUCAUCAAAGGAAAACCAGAGGCCCAUUUUUCUUUGGUUCACUAUGCUGGAACUGUUGAUUAUAAUAUCAACAACUGGCUGGUGAAGAACAAGGACCCUCUGAACGAGACUGUUGUAGGUCUUUUCCAGAAGUCAACUGUUAAGCUUUUGGCAAUACUUUUUGCUGGGUAUGCAGGAGCUGAUUCAGAAUCUGGUGGAAAGGGCAAAGGAGGAAGCAAAAAGAAAGGUUCAUCUUUCCAAACUGUUUCUGCUCUACACAGGGAAAACCUGAAUAAGCUGAUGACCAACCUGAGGUGUACCCAUCCUCACUUUGUGCGCUGCAUCAUCCCCAACGAGACCAAGACUCCUGGGGCCAUGGAGAACCCUCUGGUGAUGCACCAGCUGCGCUGUAAUGGUGUGCUGGAAGGCAUCAGGAUCUGCAGGAAAGGCUUCCCUAACAGGAUCCUAUAUGGAGACUUCAAGCAGAGAUACCGUAUUUUAAACCCCAAUGCAAUUCCUGAGGGACAAUUUAUCGACAACAAAAAAGCUGCUGAGAAAUUGCUGGGUUCUUUGGAUAUAGACCACAACCAGUAUAAACUUGGACACACCAAAGUGUUCUUCAAGGCCGGACUUCUAGGUCAACUGGAGGAGAUGCGAGAUGACAGGCUAGCAUUAAUCAUCACUGGCAUCCAAGCUCGUUCAAGAGGUCUUCUAGCACGAAUUGAAUUCCAGAAGAUUGUUGAACGCAGGGAUGCACUACUUGUGAUUCAGUGGAACAUCCGUGCCUUCAUGGGGGUCAAAAAUUGGCCCUGGAUGAAGUUGUACUUCAAGAUCAAACCUUUGCUGAAAUCAGCUGAGACUGAGAAGGAGAUGGCCAACAUGAAGGAGGAGUUUACCAAACUCAAGGAGGCUUAUGCAAAAUCAGAAGCCCGCAGAAAGGAACUGGAGGAGAAAAUGGUCACUCUUCUCCAGGAGAAGAACGACCUACAGCUCCAAGUCCAAACUGAGCAAGAUAAUCUGUCUGAUGCUGAGGAACGGUGUGAGGGGUUGAUCAAGAGUAAGAUUCAACUGGAAGCAAAAAUCAAAGAGCUGACAGAAAGACUUGAAGAUGAGGAGGAUAUGAAUGCUGAACUGACUGCCAAGAAGAGGAAGCUGGAAGACGAGUGCUCUGAGCUGAAAAAGGAUAUUGAUGACUUAGAGCUAACUCUGGCAAAAGUGGAGAAAGAGAAGCAUGCUACAGAAAACAAGGUGAAGAACCUGACAGAGGAGAUGGCUGCUUUGGAUGAAAUCAUCGCCAAGCUGACGAAAGAGAAGAAAGCUUUACAGGAAGCUCAUCAACAAACCCUGGAUGACCUGCAGAGUGAGGAAGACAAAGUUAACACUCUGACCAAGGCCAAGUCAAAGCUAGAGCAGCAAGUGGAUGAUCUUGAAGGAUCCUUAGAACAAGAGAAGAAGAUACGAAUGGACCUUGAGAGAGCAAAGCGAAAGCUUGAGGGAGACUUAAAGUUGGCCCAAGAAAGUAUCAUGGACCUGGAAAAUGACAAGCAGCAACUUGAAGAGAGGCUGAAAAAGAAAGAUUUUGAAAUAAGCCAACUCAAUGGAAAAAUAGAGGAUGAACAAGCAAUGAGUGCCCAGCUCCAGAAGAAACUGAAGGAGCUGCAGGCCCGCAUUGAAGAGCUGGAGGAAGAGCUUGAAGCAGAACGAGCUGCUCGAGCCAAGGUGGAGAAGCAGAGAGCAGACCUGGCCAGAGAGUUGGAGGAGAUCAGCGAGAGGCUGGAGGAGGCAGGUGGAGCCACAGCCGUCCAGAUCGAGAUGAACAAGAAGAGGGAGGCUGAGUUCCAGAAGCUUCGCAGAGACCUCGAAGAAUCCACUCUGCAGCAUGAAGCCACCACUGCCACUCUCAGGAAAAAACAGGCUGACACUGUUGCUGACCUGGGAGAGCAGAUUGACAACCUGCAGAGAGUCAAGCAGAAACUGGAGAAGGAGAAGAGUGAGCUCAAACUGGAGCUUGAUGAUGUGGUCUCCAACAUGGAGCAGAUUGUCAAGUCCAAGAACAAUUUGGAGAAAAUGUGUCGGUCUCUUGAGGAUCAGAUGAAUGAAUAUAAAACCAAAUCAGAGGAGGGACAGCGCACCAUCAAUGACUUCACCAUGCAGAAAGCUAAGCUUCAAACUGAAAAUGGUGAACUUAUAAGGCAGCUUGAGGAAAAGGAUUCCCUGGUGUCUCAACUCACCAGAGGAAAACAGUCAUAUACACAACAAAUUGAAGACCUUAAAAGACAACUGGAAGAGGAAAUUAAGGUAACUGGUUACAGUGAGACUACAUUAAAUAAAGAUUACUUAUUGAUGGCUGUAAACUAUGAUUGUUUUCUUUCUGUCCAGGCCAAGAAUGCAUUAGCCCAUGCUGUGCAGUCUUCUCGCCAUGACUGUGACCUCCUCAGGGAGCAGUAUGAGGAGGAGCAGGAGGCCAAGGCUGAACUGCAGCGCAGCAUGUCCAAGGCUAACACUGAGGUGGCUCAGUGGAGAACCAAGUAUGAAACUGAUGCCAUCCAGAGGACAGAGGAACUGGAGGAAGCUAAGAAGAAGCUGGCUCAGCGUCUGCAGGAGGCUGAGGAGGCUGUUGAAGCAAUGAAUGCUAAAUGUUCCUCUUUGGAAAAGACCAAACACAGGCUGCAGAAUGAGAUCGAAGAUCUCAUGGUGGACGUGGAGAGGUCUAAUGCUGCUGCUGCUGCUCUGGACAAGAAACAAAGGAGCUUUGAUAAGGUCUUGUCAGAGUGGAAACAGAAGUAUGAAGAGUCUCAGUCAGAGCUGGAGAGCGCACAAAAAGAAGCCAGAUCUCUGAGCACUGAGCUUUUUAAACUUAAAAACUCUUAUGAAGAGUCUCUUGAACAUCUGGAGACCAUGAAAAGGGAGAACAAGAACUUGCAAGAGGAAAUAUCUGACCUCACUGAACAAAUUGGUGAGGGGGGAAAGAACAUUCAUGAGCUUGAGAAGAUUCGGAAGCAGCUGGAACAAGAAAAGUCUGAGAUACAGACCGCGUUAGAGGAAGCAGAGGCCUCACUGGAGCAUGAGGAAGGGAAGAUUCUUAGAGUCCAGCUUGAACUGAACCAAAUAAAAGCUGAAUUUGAGCGUAAGCUGGCUGAGAAAGAUGAAGAGAUGGAACAAGUAAAGAGAAACCAACAGCGGAUGGUGGAUACUCUUCAGAGCUCCCUUGAGUCUGAAACUCGCAGCAGGAAUGAAGCCCUUCGUCUGAAAAAGAAGAUGGAGGGAGACCUCAAUGAGAUGGAGAUCCAGCUUAGCCAAGCCAACAGGCAGGCAGCUGAGGCCCAGAAACAACUCAAGUCUGUUCAUUCACAUCUAAAGGAUGCUCAGCUCCAACUUGAUGACGCCCUACGAGCCAAUGAUGACAUGAAGGAAAACAUGGCCAUUGUUGAGAGACGCAACAACCUCCUUCAAGCUGAAGUGGAGGAACUGAGGGCUGCUUUAGAGCAAAAUGAACGAAGCCGCAAACUUGCUGAGCAAGAGCUGCUGGAUGUCAGUGAGAGGGUGCAGCUACUGCACUCACAGAACACCAGCCUAAUAAACCAGAAGAAGAAGAUGGAGGGUGAUAUUUCUCAACUUCAAAGUGAGGUGGAGGAAGCUGUGCAGGAAUGCAGAAAUGCUGAAGAGAAGGCCAAGAAGGCCAUCACCGAUGCUGCCAUGAUGGCAGAGGAGCUGAAGAAAGAGCAGGACACCAGUGCUCACCUGGAGCGUAUGAAGAAGAACAUGGAGCAAACCAUCAAAGAUCUGCAGCACCGCCUGGAUGAAGCUGAACAGAUCGCCAUGAAGGGAGGCAAGAAGCAGAUCCAGAAGCUCGAGGCCAGGAUCAAAGAACUGGAAACUGAGGUGGAGGCUGAACAAAGAAGGUCCAGUGACUUCGUCAAGGGAAUUCGCAAAUAUGAGAGACGUAUCAAAGAGCUGACAUACCAGACAGAGGAGGAUCGUAAGAACCUGUCCCGCCUGCAAGACCUGGUCGACAAACUACAGCUAAAGGUCAAAUCCUACAAGAAAGUUGCAGAGGAGGCUGAGGAACAGGCCAACAAUAAUCUUACCAAGUUCCGCAAACUUCAACAUGAGCUUGAUGAAGCUGAGGAGAGAGCCGAUAUCGCUGAGUCUCAGGUCAACAAGCUACGUGCCAAGAGUCGUGAUGUGGGGUCAAAGAAAGGGCUUGAUGAAGAGUGAAGUAAACUGAAUGAAUCACUAUUCUGAGGCAUUCCAUUUCCUAACCAUGGUGUCUCCCUAUACAUGUAGGUUGUUUCAGUAGAAUAAAAUAUAUCUGCAUCACAA